CAAUUCAACUUGGUAGUUCUUAAGUCUUUCAACCUAGAUAUUGCUCUAUGGGAAGAUCCGGCAUAUACAGUUUAAUUCGGAACACACGUGGAACAGAUGAAACCAAAGCAAUGCCUCUUCCCGUCAAAGCGGGGUAAUCAAAGAUAACCAACAUACCACCUACCCCAUUUUCCUCACUUCACUAAUCACUACCUCCAACCAUACCUCCCCACAAACCCAACCCACCAUGUCCACCAAAACCAUCUGCAUAAUCGGCAUAACCGGCAACCAAGGCCACUCCAUCGCGCAACGCUUCCUCCACGACCCAACCUACCACAUCCGGGGCCUAACGCGCAACCCGUCCUCCCCCAUCGCCCAAUCCCUCUCCGCCCAAGGCAUCGAACUCAUCCCCGCCGACCUCAACAACCCCCAAACCCUCAUCCCCGCACUCCGCGGCGCAAACCUCAUAUUCAGCGUCACGAACUACUGGGAACCGUUCUUCCGCGCUGACUGUCGUCAACAGGCCUCCAAACGGGGUAUCUCGUGCCGAAGAUACGCCUUCGAUGUGGAACUUCAACAGGGGAAGAAUAUCGCUGAUGCGGUGGCAAUGACGGUUGAUUCGCUGGACGAGAAUGGGUUUAUUGUGUCGACGUUGAGUCAUGCGGGGCGGUGUAGUGGGGGACGGUUGAAGGAGGUGUUUCAUUUUGAUGCGAAGGCGGAGGUGUUUCCUCAUUAUGUGAGGGAGAGAUAUCCAGCGUUGGCGGGGAAGAUGUCGUGUGUGCAGACGGGGUAUUUUGUGGGGAGUUAUAGGUUGGUUCCGGGGGCUUAUUUUGCUAAGAUUGCGAUGGACGAUGGUGAGGAUGGAUUUGAGAUGACGUUCACGACGGCACCGACUGCAGUGGUUCCCCAUUUGGAUGUUCGGGCUGAUAUGGGGAAUUUUGUGUAUGCGGUGGCGAAAAUGCCCCCCGGGAAGAGUUACAUGGCGUGUGGGACGAAGUGUAGUUGGUCGGAGUAUAUGAGGAUGUGGGGGGAGGUGAACUCGGUGCCUGCGAGAUACCGACAGAUCACGCUGGAGGAGUUGAUGGAGCGGACCCCGGAUCGGGAGUUUGGGCGAGAGGUCGGGGAUAUGUUUACUUAUUCGACGGAUCCGGGUUAUGAUGGUGGUGAUGGGGAAUUGUUGACGGCGGUGGAUAUAGAGAAGGCUAGAAUUGACUGUCCUAUGACUAGUUUGGAGGAGUGGAUGAAAAAGGAAGAUUGGUCGUCUGUUUUAGGGCAAUGAUGGAUGGCUUGGAGCCGGGUGCUCAUUCUCCAUGCUUGAACGAAUUAUUCUGAAACAAAGGAGUAGUAGAAAAGAUAACAUUCUAUAUUAAU